UCCUCUGGCCUCUUCAGUGUUGAUUAAAGAUAACUUCGCAUCGGUUGAGCAGCACGGAUUCACGAGUACAAGGGCGUGAGUUUUCGAAUCCCCGCCACGGUCGAUUCAUCUACGAAGCCGCACCCAACACCACCACCGUCACCCCCUUCCAGAUGGAGAGCCACGAGGAUGCCUGUGAGAAACUGGAUGGAGACUUCGAUCAUUUUCUUGUUGAUAUGAAGCCCUUUGUACUCAAGCUUCCACACAAGUCUGAUCGGCAACGCUGCGCACUGUGGAUCAAAAAGCUCUGUGAGCCGCCGGUAGCACGCAGUGGAGCCCUGGGCACCUCAAGCCGCAAGAACCGCAAUGACUACGCACGUCUGCUGCUGCACAUGUUGCGCCGGAGUGUGCUGGAGGAGCCAUUCACUCACAGGCCUGACACGGGGCCCCUCAAGACGCUGCCGACUUACAUGGCCAUCUACUUUGACGAACCCCUGGAGGACAUUGUGACGAGCCGGGAACCCCCGGACUGGGUCACGGGUGCACUUGACGCACCAGAGGAGACCUCUAAAUGUUCGCUGAAAGAGGACGAACGCUCGCGUCCGCACCUCUCCUUCGAUUCAACGCGCAGUCGUCACAGGACAAGUUCUGAAAAUGAGGGAGCUUCCAGGCAGCAGCAAAGUGCCACCCUUGGGCCGGUUCUGAAGAGAUCCUUCAAGAGGACUCAGGACCAUCACACUGGACUCUCGUCUGAUGACAGUGACCUUGACAGCCGUUUUGGGGCUGGUGAUGAAAGAAAUGGAACAUUCCUUGACCAACAGACGGUUUCACAAAUGCACAAGAAGGAGCUGGAGGUGAGGACCAAACUUCUGGAGGUCAUGUUUCAGGAGGAGAAGCUAAAACUUCAGCAGAAGCACGAUGCGGACAUUCAGAAGGUGUGUGUGUGUGUGUUGAUCAAAUAG